UAGCUCACUUGGGGGAUCGGAGUCGCAAAGUUUGAUUUCAGUGAUGACGAUGAUGAUCGACGGACCGGCGGACGUGAAGGCGAUGGAAACCGAGUCGGCGGUGACGACGACGGAACCGUGUAUGGAAAUAGUGGCAGAGAAGUUUGAUCGGAGAUACUACAGUCGGACGAUGAUGAUGGACGUAGUUGUGAGAUUGUCCUGUUUUCUUGCGUCAGUAGCGGCUCUCUGUUUCAUGGCGACUGCUAAAGAAACCGCUGUUAUCUCUGUUUUUGGAUUUGGCUUACCUGUUCAUUCCAAAUGGUCUUUCUCCACCUCCUUUGAGUACGUGGUUGGAAUAUCAACAGUGGUUGCAGCACAUUCAUUGCUCCAGCUAGUAAUCAACGCAUGGAGACUUUUGCGAAAAACCACGGUUAAUCCUAGUUCUCGUAAUCAUGCGUGGCUGCUCUUCGCGGUUGAUCAGGCAUUUACAAUGGCAAUGAUAAGUGCUGGUUCGGCUGCAUCUGGUGUGACCAACUUGAACCACGCAGGAAUCAAACACACGGCUUUACCCAAUUUCUGUAAGCCAUUGCGUCGAUUUUGCAAUCAUGUUGCGGUUUCCAUAGCCUUCACAUUUGUAGGUUGUUUCUUCCUCCUCGUUUCCACUGUUCUCGAUGUCAUUUGGUUAUCGAGGAACUAGUUAAUCAUAAUAAAUUAGCCUAUAGAUUUAGUUAUCUACCCUCCCAUGUGCGUGUCUCUUAAUUGUCACUUGUGUAUUGUGUUCACUUAUUACAAAAACUUAUCCCCUGCAGAUAAGUGGGAGAUAAUUGAACUUAUUUGUUAUUAGGUUUUAUAUUAUUAAUUUGAAUGUUA